AGUGCUGACAGAUCAAGGCAACAAAUUUCAAUUACAAUCCCUAAUUUGUGUCCGCAGAGUGUUUUUUACCCAUGUUAGUCCUCUCUGGCGCAUCAGUCGAGGCAGAUCUUGGAGCAGCCGGAGGAGGUGGAGGGGGUGGGAGCGAAGGAGUCCAUCAGUGAGGGAGCGCGCGCGAGAGACCAAGGGAAGGAAACUUGGAGGGCGCGUUGCUGGUUCCUCGGAUCCCAGCACCAGCGCGAAAGAGGAAACGCCAAAUUUGUUUUUGCCCGCGGCGGGGCAGGGGGCAGAUCUCGGUCUGCGGGAGGCCCUGAGAGUCGUUCAGAUUUUGGUCGGGGAAGGAAAGCGAGUGUGUGCGUGUGCCUGUGUGUGUGUAUAUGAGCGAGCGGCGGGCGCCGGGCGGCGGGAAUGGCCGAGAAGCGGAGGGGUUCGCCAUGCAGCAUGCUAAGCCUUAAGGCGCACGCCUUCUCCGUGGAGGCAUUGAUCGGCGCGGAGAAGCAGCAACAGCUUCAGAAGAAGCGACGAAAGCUGGGCACGGAAGAGGUGGCUGGGGCCUUAGAUGACGGAGGCUGCAGCCGUGGCGGCGGCGCGAGCGAAAAAGGCUCUUCUGAGGGGGAUGAAGGUACUGCGCUCCAGCCGCCGGCGGGGGCGGUGUCCGGGCCCACCCGGAGCUGCGCAGAACUGGAGCGGAGCUGCGGCUCCCGCGGAACCGCGGGAAGCUGUGAGGACGGGUUCCUGCACGGCGCUUCCCCGCUGGCGUCCCCAGGAGGCUCCCCGAAGGCGUCCCCGGCGCCGGCCCUGGCCCGGCCGGGGACCCCGCUGCCCUCGCCGCAGACCCCGCGGGUGGAUCUGCAGGGAGCUGAACUCUGGAAGCGCUUUCAUGAGAUUGGCACGGAGAUGAUCAUCACCAAGGCGGGCAGGCGCAUGUUUCCAGCAAUGAGAGUGAAGAUCUCUGGAUUAGAUCCUCACCAGCAGUAUUACAUUGCCAUGGAUAUUGUGCCAGUGGACAACAAGAGAUACAGGUAUGUUUACCACAGCUCUAAAUGGAUGGUAGCCGGUAAUGCUGACUCCCCUGUGCCACCCCGGGUUUAUAUUCAUCCGGACUCACCUGCUUCGGGGGAGACUUGGAUGCGACAAGUAAUCAGUUUUGACAAGCUGAAGCUCACCAACAAUGAACUGGACGACCAAGGCCAUAUUAUUCUUCAUUCUAUGCACAAAUACCAACCACGAGUCCAUGUCAUCCGUAAAGACUGUGGGGAUGAUCUUUCUCCCAUCAAGCCUGUCCCAUCUGGGGAGGGAGUGAAGGCGUUCUCCUUUCCAGAAACUGUUUUCACCACUGUCACCGCCUAUCAGAAUCAGCAGAUUACUCGCCUGAAGAUAGAUAGGAACCCCUUUGCCAAAGGCUUCCGAGACUCUGGGCGUAACAGAAUGGGCUUGGAAGCCCUUGUGGAGUCAUAUGCGUUUUGGAGACCUUCACUACGGACUCUCACCUUUGAAGAUAUCCCUGGAAUUCCCAAGCAAGGAAAUACCAGUUCUUCCACCUUACUCCAAGGUUCUGGGAAUGGUGUUCCGGCCACCCACCCUCAUCUUUUGUCCGGCUCCCCUUGCUCAUCUCCCGCCUUUCAUCUGGGUCCCAACACCAGCCAGCUGUGUAGUCUGGCCCCAGCUGACUAUUCCGCCUGUGCCCGCUCGGGUCUCACACUCAACCGGUACAGCACAUCUUUGGCGGAGACCUACAACAGGCUCACCAACCAGACAGGCGAGACUUUCGCCCCGCCCAGGACUCCCUCCUACGUGGGCGUGAGCAGCAGCGCCUCGGUGAACAUGUCCAUGGCCGGCACGGAUGGGGACACCUUCAGCUGCCCGCAGACCAGCUUGUCCAUGCAGAUUUCCGGCAUGUCUCCCCAGCUCCAGUACAUCAUGCCUUCACCCUCCAGCAACGCCUUUGCUGCUAACCAGACCCACCAGGGUUCCUACAACACGUUCAGGUUACACAGCCCCUGUGCCUUGUAUGGAUAUAACUUCUCUACAUCCCCCAAACUGGCUGCCAGUCCUGAGAAAAUUGUUUCUUCCCAAGGAAGUUUCUUGGGGUCCUCGCCGAGUGGGACCAUGACGGAUCGGCAGAUGUUGCCCCCCGUGGAAGGAGUGCACCUGCUUAGCAGUGGGGGUCAACAGAGUUUCUUUGACUCUAGGACCCUAGGAAGCUUAACUCUGUCAUCAUCUCAAGUGUCUGCACAUAUGGUCUGAUGAAGCCUUUAAGUUAAACUGCAUUCAAAUCCGACUGAUGUAUUUUCUUUCUUUCUUUUCUUUUGGAAACUAAUAUGAAAAGAAACUAUCAGUAGCUUAUAAAAUGUACAUAUAAUAGAAAAAGAAGGCUCCCUGAGUUUUUUAACUUUCUAAUGGUGAGAUUGUAAUUAUCUAUGGUAUAUACGUGUACUGUAUAUGGCAUGUGGAGUUUUGCAGGCUGCAAAAUCACAUCCUCUCUUGGUUAUUUCCCCUGGUUCAUCCAGUUGCACAGAAUAUUGGCAUACAUGUAGUAUGUUUAACCGAAGUUCUCAUGCUUUUAAAAGAAACAAAUAGCAAACUUAAAACUUGCAAUGAUACUAACCAGACUAAGACUUUUAACUUAAUUUUUCAGAAAAAUGCUCUACCCAGUUUUGUACUUGAGUGUUGAAAACCAGCAGUAACCAGCGCACACAGAGUCUUGUGAUUUCUGUUAUUCUUAGGCACUGUGUGAGAACCUAAAAUGUAAAAGCCAGUUGAAAUCUUUGCAUUAGUUUGGAGGAAUUUGUAAUCAUGAAGGAUUAACUUUGAUAUUAGGUGACUUUGGUUCUGUAAAAAUUCAUAACCCACAAUAAUUAUUUUCUUCAGAAAGAUGGAGAGGUUUGUGAUUUUUUUUUCACUUUCCAUUGGACGUAUAAGAGGCACUUAUUCAUCUGCGGAGAAUAAAUUUCCAGUAUUUAGUAUUUUUUUGCUCAUUUUAAUUAGUAUCAAGGAGACUAUUUAAGCAUGCCCUGUAAACGUUUUUAAAUUCCAGUUUUCACCAGGGAAGGAAUAUAUGAUAUGUGUGGAAUGGCAAAAAGAAAAUAAAUCCACCUCAAAUUCUUUGAUUCCAGCGAGAAAUAUCUAACUUUUUAAAUCAAGAGGAAUAAUACUGUCAGCUAUCCCUUAGGUUUUUACAGUGUGGUUUUUUCAUUCAGGAUUUUUUUUUUUUCCCCAUUUUGCUUUGAGUUUCCUGAUCCGUGGUCUCUAAGUAAGGGAAAAGGCAUUCAUGCUACUUACUUCUGCCUCGUAACUCCUACAAAUUGAAACCUCCCGCCUCCUGAACCUUGUGCCUCUGAGUCAUUCUCAAAACAGAAAGAUUCUAGGCCUUCGUGGUGUUAAAUGACACUGUAAGGAAUUUCAGGGGGUUAUCUCCGGCAAUCUGUCUUUUGGGGGUUGCAGUGCAAAGGCCAAAGCCCAUUACUAUGAAGGCCCUCUUGGAGGACUAAGGAGGAAGAUACCAAUUAUGAUAAAGGCGCUGUAAAACUUUUAACCUCAACAUCAUUUUUAACCUCAAAAGUGGAAAAAAAAUGAAACGCAGCAUUAUUUUGAAAAAAUUCCUUCAAUGAUGUAUACACCAUUUCAAAACAAGUCAUUCCUUUGAUAGAGCAUCAUGAGAUGAGUUGGAAAGGCUACGAUUGCAUGGUGAACAGCAUUACUGCAUGUCUGUUAAGAAACUAAAAUUAUGUGCCUGUGCACUGACUCAUUACAAUUCAUGUAGUGGCCAAAUGAAAGCAGUGUGGUUUCCUUUCAGUGCUUAAACAGAAUUGCUUUAACCCAGGUUCCCCAUUUAACCCCAUCCCUAGGUUAGAUGGGGAAGGAGGUAGCUCCUGAUUUGCCUCUUUACUUUAAAACAGUGUGACGGUUACAUAUUUAGGGGGAUUACUGUUUGAACAGUUUGCACAGAUGUGAGUGUUUAUAAAUACCAAUAAAUUUACAUGGACUCUGUAACCAUUCAUCAAAUCAGCACUGAUGUUUAAAUUUAAAAUUAGCACAAAGGCACAUGUCAUCUUUCCAAUAGGUAGAUCUGUGUAAGAUGUUUGUGUAUGGUCUUAAUAGCUUGACACAGAUUUGGGAACAGAACAUCUCAGCCUGAGAGCUUGGCAUAAUUUAAGGAGAAUAAGGGUUUUCCAUCUUGAGAAAGCAUGGAAAGUAAUGAUCUAUACCUAGAUGUACUAAUAAGAUGAGGAUUUUCCUUUUUUGUUCUUCGUGAUUUGAGAUGACUCCACAGUACGAGUAGAAUUUUUAAGUAAUCUUUUCUUUUUGAUUUAGCAAUAUUUUACAAAUGCUAUUUCCUUUAGGUUUUACUGUAAAUAUUAAUCAUCAUGUCACUUCAAAGGCUAGCCUUUUAUUAUUAUAUUAAAUGACAUACAUACAUUGAUAAUUAUAAUUAUAUAUCUGUAUUUUAUUAAAAAUGCUUAAGAAAUUAUAUAUUAAAGUGUGUUACUAAACCCUU